AUGGUGACAACCAGGCGAACGAAAGAGAUCUAUACGUUACUCUUCAUUCUCGGGAAUUUCGCGUUGGGUCUCGUAUCAGCGAUCAUUGGCCCCACUCUGCUUGACCUCGCUGAGAUCUACAAUGUGGAGAUCGACGAAGUUUCACAUCUCUUCACAUCACGAUCAGGCCUCUCUACUGCUCUGUAUCCUGUCUGUGGAAAUCUCUGGAUCGCGCAUGCAGUAUCCGUCGCCAAUGGGAUCACGCUGGUGCUUUUCGAAGCUGGAACCUACGUAGCUCUUGCGAACCUUUGGAAGGACCCCACCUUCGCUCUGCAGCUCUACAUGCUGGGUUAUGGCUCGGCAGUUUUCAUCAUUCCCUUCAUCUCGGAGCCGUUCCUGAGCGAAAGCAGCCCGCUCAUCUCCGGGAAACUCCAGCCAGCUGCAGCUUCCCGGAUUUAUCUUCCAUAUGCCGGCGUGGGCGCGUUUUGCGUCGUCCUGGGCGUUUCUCAAGGCGUAUUUUCUGCCGUGGCGCCUCUGCCUGCGAAGGAAGGCGCCAAGCCUAACGCCGAAUCUCCCGCGGAAGGAACGAGUGAACCUGAGAAGGGAUCCAAAGCCGUCGAAAUAUCACUGGUGAUGCUCAUGAUGCUGAUAAUAUUGCUCUGCACGAGCUUAGAGAUGACGUUCACGGGGAUGAUCACGUCUUUCGUCGUUGAAUCGGACCUGCAUUUGACGAAAUCCGAUGGAGCUUUCCUCGGGGGAGUAUUCCGUGCGGCUUUCUUCGCGGGCAGAAUCCUCGCCGUGAUCGGGUACAAGCUCUCUAUGACAUUCAUCAUGAUGUCCUGUCUGACUUCAACUCUGUUAUCAUCGGUGAUCUUUGUAUUGUUCGUACUGAAGGCACCUUUUGUGGUGUGGCUCGCCAAUGCAGGACUUGGGCUUGGUCUCAGCGCGCUUUUCGGUACCAGUAUCACCUGGACGUGCCAAUACAUAACUUUGAAGCAUUGGCACAUGGCAGCAACAAUGGUUUGAGUAAAAAUAAUAUAGUUGGACGACAUUGAGUGUCCUGGAGAAGAGAAUUUCACUGUUCUCCGUUGCUUCCAGUUUGGGGUGUGCGUGGCCAUCUCGUCCCCUGCUUUCAUCGCUGCACCAUGGAUCAACUCCAAUCCGAUGAUACUUCCGUAUGUUUCAGCGGCAUUGUCAGUGUUACUCUGCUUAAACUUCGCAGCAAUGCUAUUCGUGGUGAGGAAC